UGGUGUUUUACCAACAGAAAAUGCUGUGGACGGAAUAAGUUUAAUUAACUUUAUUUUAUUUUAUUUUUAGAGAUUCAGAUGUUUGAAGACAUAUUUAUCAAACAUAUGUGGACACAUAUUUAUACUAUUGUAUAUCCGUUAGAUGGCUGACUUAUAAUUUGAAGAAAGAUUGAUGUUUGAUAUCAAAUACAUUUCGUUCACAUUUCAUUUGUUGAAGUAGGAAGUAAACAAAAUAGAGUCUCUAAUUUAAAAAUAGUUAUGAUGGAAAGGAAGGUGAAAAACGAUAAGAUUUACUAAUUCAAUGUAUUUAUUUUAUUUUGGAGUAGAACGCCUAUGAUGUCAUUUAUUCAGAGACUAGUAAAAAGUCUAAGAAGUGGAAGGACAGUAGAACUUCCUGAAGAUGAAAAAGCAGCUUUCUAUGUGUUGAUGCCCAUGGUCAUUGGAAAUCAGCAUAAGUCAUUGUCAGAGUUACUGGCUAGUUCAAAAUAUGAUGUCAACUAUAAAUGUGGCCGAGCUCAGAGAACAUUACUGCAUAUAUCAGCUAAUUGCGGAUCUUCCGAGUGUUUGAACUUAUUGAUAAAGAAAGGAGCUGAUGUGAAUGUAAGAGACGUGUCUGGCUGUACACCACUACAUUUAGCGGCCAGGAAUGGACAAAAGAAAUGUGUUGUCAGCCUGUUGGAGCAUGCUGCUGAUGUCAGGAUUACCAGUAAUGAGGGUCUUACAGUGCUUCACUGGUUAGCUGUAAAUGGAAGAACUGAACUACUUAAGGAUGUAUUUCAGUACAUCAAUGAUGUGGAUAUUGGGGAUGCUCAAGGUCAGACUGCCUUACAUGUGGCUUGUCAGAAUGGCCACAAAUCUACUGUACUUUGUCUUCUAGAUCAUAGAGCCGAUGUAAAUAGACCAAAUAAUUUUGGAUGGACACCAUUACAUUUUGCUUGCAGUAAUGGUCAGCAUGAUUUAGCAAAUUUUUUGUUGAUGAAAGGAGCAAAGAUUUCUACAGUUAGUACACCAGUAAGCUACGAGACAUUGGACAAUGUUGGAAGUCGUCAGGGAGGCAGUGAUCGUACAUAUACAAAAACACCACUAGAACUUUGUGUUGAGGGAGGUUACAGCGAGACUUGUGAUAUUCUGAUACGACACUGGCCAAAUCUGUUCCCUCAUCUCAUGAGCAUGGUGACUAAUAAAAUUAUUGAUGAAACUAUGAUUUUGAAAGUGCUGAGAUAUUUAUGUGUUCAUAAUGAUCUUAAUAUGGCAGUUAAAAUUUUCUCAACCCUGGCACAUGAUGCAACAAACAUUGGACACAGUGUCUUAAGUGUGUCAUCUGAUGCUGAGAAUCAGGUCAUAUGCCUUUUAAGAUGUGUAAAGAUACUUACACAGCUAUAUGCCGUUAUGGUUACACACAACAAUGCUGAUCACUCAGAAAAUCUCCUACAGAAAACCUUCCAGCCUCUGGAGUUGCUAUGGCAACUAAUGGAGGAAUGGUUAAGCAUAGUAAGAGAAGAAGUUGAGUGUUCAAAUAUCAGCAAUGAUGGCUAUCAACGUAAUACCAAUUCAGCACCACCAGAUUUACACGCUGUCUCUCAACAGACAUGGGCUGGUACCCAAGAUGAUGUUCUCUCUGAGCUUACGAGGAAUGGUUCCAAACCUAAGGAUGAAACUGUUGAACAUGCUGAAAGUAAUGCUCAAGAUAAUGGCACAACUCAGGGGAAACAGUCAGAGAGACUUCAAUUAAAUGUUUGUACAGACAGAUCUGGCCGGUUUAACAGACGGAAAAAACAGCUGUCCGUAGAUGGUCAUGACCUUGACGUGUUAGAGGUGAUGGUACCAAGAUUAUGUGGAGUAAUACAUGCAUAUUACCUGGUUUGUUCCUGCGACAGAGGACUGCAAGAUGACACAUCAGCAAGAUUUGUACAGUUUGUUGGUGAUAAUGAAGCAUUGUUGAUGGCUCUGGUAGAAAGAAAGCCCACCGUUAUAUUUGACCAUUUCCAUUUCCUGUUGGAUGUUCCAGAAAUGAUGACAGUGUUCUUACCUAUUGUUAGAAAACAGCCAUUUGAGUCACGAAGAAAUUGGUUUUAUGAGAAGUUAAGCAAAGAUUUGGAAGUGGAGACACCUGGGUCAGAUAGUUCUCCACAAACAGCAUUAGAGGAGCAGGAAGAUGCCAUUCUUAUAACCAGAGAUGCAUUAUUCCAGAGUAGUUGCUCACAAGUUUUAAAGAAAAAUCCAGAUAGAUUAAAACGAAUGUUGAAUCUUCGCUUUGAUGGUGAAGAAGGAAUGGGUCAAGGUGUUGUGAGGGAAUGGUUUGAUGUUUUAUCGAAAGAAAUCCUAAAUCCAGACUAUGCUUUAUUUACACAGUCUGCUGAUGGCAGUACUUUCCAGCCUAACAGCAAUUCCUCAGUAAAUCCUGACCAUCUCAACUACUUCAGAUUUGCUGGUCAGUGUCUUGGCCUGGCUUUAUAUCAUAAACAACUGAUCAAUGCCUACUUUACAAGAUCUUUCUACAAACAUAUUCUUGGUAUACCUGUAAAUUACAAUGAUGUUGCUUCCAUUGAUCCAGAAUAUGCCAAAAAUUUGCAGUGGAUACUGGAUCAUGACAUCAGUGAUCUUGGAUUAGAUCUGACAUUUUCUGUGGAAACCGAUGUUUUUGGGUACAUGGAAGAAAUGGAUCUGAAGCCAAAUGGAAACAAAAUUCCUGUAACUGAAAGUAACAAGGCGGAAUAUGUUCAGUUGGUCACUGAAUUACGGAUGACUCGCGCAAUACAGCCUCAGAUUGAUAGUUUCUUAUCAGGGUUCCACGUUUACAUACCACGUAAACUUGUGCGGCUUUUCGACGAGUACGAACUGGAGUUGUUGUUGUCAGGAAUACCAGAAAUCAAUAUACAGGAUUGGAAAGACCAUACAACAUACAUAGACUGUACAAAUCAGUCAAAGACAGUAAAGUGGUUCUGGGAGAUUCUAGAAGAAUUUACAGACCAAGAAAAAGUUCUUAUGCUUCAGUUUGUUACUGGAAGUUCCCGGCUUCCAUAUGGUGGUUUCAGCAAGCUGACAGGGGGAGGGGGACCACAGAAAUUUACAAUAAGCUUAGUGCCAUAUACACAAGAUUUGUUACCCACUGCUAGUACAUGUAUAAACUUCCUUAGAUUACCAGACUAUCCCAGUAAGAAUAUUACAAAGGAGAAGAUCCUUGUUGCCUUACAAUGUGGAAGUCAGGGGUAUGCACUUGCUUAAUAGUGAAGGCAAGAGACCUGGCUAAUAUCACCAGUAAUGAUGUGUACUCGGACCUUCAUCAUCUGGCCAGACUUCAUACUGUCUCCGGAGUGUUUAUUGACUGUUAGUUUAUUAGAGGGAUAUGAAAACACCACCAGAUGCUCCAUAAGAAAAUUUCUGAAAAUUAAACAUAGAUAACCAAUGCAGAAAAAAAUGACAAAAUAAGAAAUUGAAAAAGUCCCUAAAAAGAGGGAUCUUAAAAACUGGCAACACAUUGCUGAAGAAUAAUUUUGUAGCUGUAUUUUAUUAAUGUUUUUACACGUAUACCAGUCUAUGUUAUUUGUGGAUAGGGGUGGCAGGGUGGAUAAGAUAUAUUUUAGAUAAAAAUGUCAUAGGAAUCGACAGAUCUCUGUAGAAAAUCAACUGCAUAUGGAAGAGUGAUGUUUUUGCUUAGGAAGAGGCUGAAUAUUAGCCUUAAAUAAGUUGUCAAAACUUUAAAAAUAUGAAUAUUCCAAAAUAUUCUGGAGAUUUCCCCAGAAUCAGCUCAAGUUUUAAGCACACAUGCAUAUAUAAAUAAAUAUGUAGAGAGAGAGAGAUAUUAUUUAUAUAAAAUAUGAUUUAUAUAAAAUAUUUAUAUAUCAAUUAUGUUAAUAUAUAUCACUUGCAAAAAGAUGUUAAUGCUUCAGUAGGUUUGUAAAACUUUUCCUGAAUUUCUUCUGAUUACUUUGCUAAAGUUUUUCAAUUUGAAAGACACGUGUUGCAAAGAAGUUUAAAAAAAACGCUGGUAAACAAUAUUAUGCAAUUCAGGAUAAUAGUUAAAAAUAUGAAACAUACCAAGUAAUAUGGAAAGGAACAACACUAUAGUAUAGACCAUAUUCUAAACUAGGGUUAACACCUAUCUAAUCAACAAAUUGUUUAGAUGAACUUUGACAUUUCUUUGUAAAAAAAACAACCCACCGAUUUCACCACUUUAUAAUAUAUUUUUCUUUUAUAAAACAAUGAAAACUUAUUUUUCUUCACAUAUCUAAUGUAGUAAACGUCUAAGUAGUAGCCAGCAAAUGACUAAUCGGAUUUUAUUUACAUUACUAAAUGUAACUUUCUUACUCCAAUAUAUACUUGUAUAUUAUACGUCAAUACGAGGUUUGUAUAAGAGAACAUUAAUAAUUUUUGAUUCAGCAAGGUCUGACGGUAUUUUCUCCCUGUUACCAGGGGUUGAAAUGACGUUUCAUACCCACUCCAAAAUAGCCUCUUUUUCCCAAUUUAAAAUCAUUCCUAACAGCAGUCAAAUAAAUCAAACUGUUCCUUAUUCUGAGCGGAAAAAAUGAACUGUUUUUACUUGUUUAGUAUAAAAAGUUACCGGUAACAUGAUCAUGAAGAUGUUAAAAAGGUAAAAGUCAUGUUUAAGUUUGUUCACUAACUUUUUUAAUUUUCUCAAAUUUCCCAAAAUGUCGAAUAAUUUUUCCAAUUUAUGUCGGGGUGGGGGGCUUUUUCCAAAAUAUCUAGAAAAGACCCUGUAGACUAAAUUUCUACAUGUUUCAAAUAUAUCUCAACACUUUUCUUUACUUUAUUCAACGUCUCGAUUACUUUGAGUCUACUUGACAUUGAAAAAUAGAUCGAAAUCGUUGUAUUUCUAAAUCAGUAAGGUGUACUUUAUAUCCUAAUAAAGGACCUUAACGAAUAAGUUUAGUCUAAAUAUACCCCGGUUUCUGAUCUUGUCGUUCUCUACUCAGCCUUUAUAUACCUAUCGUCAGAUACCCACGGCCGAACCAUGUUAAAUCAACCGAGGGUAUCUGGCAUAAUAAUGAUAAUUAUCCUUUUUGAUGACAACCAGAAUGCCAUUUAACAAACAUCAAGGUAAUAUGUUCCGAAUUCUAUUCUUUUGGAGGAAAAGAUCAACAGCAAAACUUUCAUCUCUGUUAUAAGUUUCUUCAUGACAAUUCCUUUGCAUAAUUCAUUUAUUUUUAGUACUGUGAAAACCAUUCUGAUCAUCUGUGAUAAUAUGGUGCAAUAAUCUAUUGUUAUUUUGUUGGCAAGAUUUUAUAAUUAUGUUAACAUUAUUGCCCGCUCGUUGUCCUGCCUUGAAUGUAUAGAUUAAAAUUAAAAUAUGGACUGUCUCCUUAUUAUGCUCUUCUUGGUAUCAAAAACAUAUCAUGUGUUUUUUCUGUUGAAUCUGUUAUAGUAUCUAAAAAAAAAUCCCUGUUUUUGUUCUGUUUUACCCUUAUCAAUCAUGUUACAAGCUUAUCAAUCAUGUUACAAGCUUUACUUUGUUCAAAUAAAUUUUUAUUUUAUCUA